AUGGCUGACGCUUCAGAGUCGCCCAGGCGUCCCCCGAGCGCCCACACAGCCUCUCAUCUACAAUACCCGACCCUCCCGCCGCUCUCAGCCUCCGUUCAAGAGUGGUUGUCCCGCUCUCGUCCAGCCAACAACAUGACGUCAGACCAACAUCUCACGCUGCCCGCAAGAUCUCUCGGUGAUAGCUGGGCAGACCUGAGUGUCUCCGAUCUACAUUCUGAGGAUGGCAGCCGUUCCGAGAAUACCGAUAUGGGGUCGUUGAUCGACCCAACCGGCGCCGACGACGUAGCCAGUCUCGAUGAGCGAUACAGCAGCAGCGAAGUCGGUGGCCCUGACGACGAAUAUCCCCCAGAGGACGAGGACGUUGUUAGAGACGAUCUGCAGGACUCGGUAGCCUCGCAGCAGUUCCCGAUCAUGUUCACUCAGGAUGAGACGGCGAUCGACAAUAGCAACCUGACCACCCGCACGGCUUAUCGUCAGUCGAUCGACUCGAUCGAGUUUGUGGAGCCCGAUAAAUGGCCAGAGAGGGAGAGAGUAGAGCUGAAGCACACGAUCCACAUUUUCGAUGACGCGGAGGCGGCCAAGAUGAGGGAGUCUCUGCCGCAUAACGUGGAGGGUGCGAUCCUGAUGACCACGGUUCAGCAAACCAUGACCAAAGGAAGUCUGGACCUGGAUAAGCCCUAUCGUGUUUUGUAUAUUGGCCAGCCAGACUCUCGGAAUAUCAUCCUGGACAAGAUCGGCGAUGUCUUGGUAUCAAGCUCGACCGCCGGAUCGCAAACCAGCUCGGCCAACUCCUCCCGCUACCAUGUGGUGCCAACCUCUUUCGGAGCUGGUGCCGUGCCUAACUUUGCAGAGCUUCUCCCGAUCCACGUCCAGCUUGUCGUGGACGAGUGCAAGGAUGCGAGUGCCGAGUCUCACGAGAUUCGACCCAGCACCUUGCACCUAGACUUCAAGAAUCGCCCCGCAUGUCGGUCAUGGUGGGAUGGCGAUCAAUAUCGGAUCUCGUCUGCAUCGGAAUGGACUCUACCAGAUGUGGCAAUUCUUUUCGUGUCUGAUAGAGAUAGUCCGGCUACUAUCCAGACGCAGCACUAUGUCCAUACUUUCUUGGAGCGGCAUGGAAUCCCCGCCAUGGUGAUCUCGGAGGAGCCGCUCUGGAAGCGGGCGAGCGAGCCCAUCCCUUUGAACCACAACAGUCUUCAUAUGUGCCUGGAGUCUCGACACCCACGGACUGGGGAAACCGCCGUGCUGCGUCGGUAUCCCAUCGAUUUGAAGACAUUCGAGAGUAUCACACCCGGCCAGCUCAACAGGAACUUGGCUUCGCUCAUGGACCUCUAUCCCAAGAAGAUCCCUAAAGUUACUGCUGAUGCCCCCAGACCGGUUGAACUAUACUCAUCGACAGACCCGGAGAAGUACCCUCGGAACUGGCUCCACUCAUCAUACUCCUCCAAGGCGCGUGAGCUAGGGCCCAUGCUGCGCCUUGUCACGUUGACACUGAUUUCCGCUAUUGCUCUCUCAAUCGGAUAUGCAGCUGUGAAUACCGUGUUUGUUUCUGUAUCUCAAUGGAUUUCCGGGCCAAAAUUUUCCAACACCGGGUCUCAACUGAGUCCUCCUCUUUUAUCGACUUCCGUGGCAGUCCUCAAAGUUCCGCAGACCUCGGGGUCUAUAUGGCCCGCAGGGCAGUCGUGCCACCCAAAUAGCAAGCCCGCAGCAAUCAUCGACCAUGUCGCAAAGCUUACAAUUACCGAUUCGAGCUCUUCUGGAAGUCCGGACGUCUUUGAGAUUCAAGUUGUUGGUGACUGCCACGUGGUUAUCAAGCCUCCUCGCAGCUUUGUCACGUAUAAGAAGCAACCGCCUUUUAACGUGAGCGCUCGCCGAUACGAGCAGCCUCUGUCAUACGAGCUUUCCAAGCUGUUUGACGGAGUCUAUACACUAAGGCUAGACCGAGAGGAUGCAUAUGGUUUGAUCAAUAUCACCGUCUCUGCCAAGUCGAAGCCACCAAUCAACCAAGUCACGACCGUUGACUUUGGAACACCGUGGCUGAAGAUUGCAAGCUGGAGACGAGCAGCCCGAAAGGUCUCCUCGCAAGUCACGAAAGACUUGCAAAUUGCUCAAACCAGCCUGGCUGAAGUGUACGGCCGGGUCUCCACCGAUGUGCAGGUGAGGAUGGGGGAUCUGGUCAAGCGGUCUCAUUUCCUGCACCAGGACACCCUGCGACGCCAGGGUCUUCUCGCACGGGAUACCGUGCUCUCGCGCUCCAAACAACUCUCCGAGGUCAUUACUCGUAAUGCGCUUGAACAGUUCCGAACCGUCUCUGCUGUCGUGCACAGCCGUUCUGUCCGGGUCAACCAGGAAGCCAGAGGGCUUGUCAUUGAGGCCUGGAAUCGCCUCGGCGAUUCUGCAGCCCAAGUUGAUAUUCACUCCAUGAUGGAUCGAGUGCGUAGUGCCAAGUGUGCCGCGCUAGAUCGGGCUCAGGCACGCGCACGCCGCGUUGUGGGGCGCCGCGACUAG